GGAAUUUUAGCGUUUUUCUAAUUUUGUAGGCAUGUGCAACUUGCAAGAACUUUUCUUCCGUUUAUUUGACACAUCAGCAACAAUCUGGUGUGGACUUUAGGGGCACAUUAUACGUCGUCGUAUGCUGCAAUUCUUAUCAUCUCCUAUCAUCCACCGGAGAUUGGCGCAACCGCCGUCGGGGAACCAAAACCAAAUCGCCCAUCCAGCCUCUCUCAUCAGUCAUUACCCGAACCAGAGCUUCUUCCCAGCAAAGGGAGAGCAAUGGAUCAGCCAUUCCUGCUUAUGCUCUCAAAUCUACUCCACCUCCAGAACCACCUAGACCCAGCCACCUCCCUCCUCUCGGACUCCGCCUCCUCCGCCGCAUCAUCCGCAUCUCCGACGUCACUCCUCACCUCGUCAUCCGCCGCUCCUCUUCUGUUCUUCACAAUAGCAUCCGUGCUCUCUUACAUCGCUUCCCAUCCACCUAAGAAAAGGCCCAAAUCCCCAUCCUCCCCUUCGGCGGCCGAAUUCUCCGUCGCCGCGUUCCGUGCGCUGUCGACGGAGCACAUAUGGGCUAUGGAAGCUCCCCUCCGUGACGCGCAGUGGAGAUCUCUGUAUGGUCUUUCUUACCCAGUGUUUACCACAGUAGUCGAUAAGCUCAAACCCUACAUUACCCAAUCCCAGCUUUCUCUCCCGUCCGAUUAUGCUGUAGCUAUGGUUCUGUCCAGACUAUCCCAUGGCCUCUCGGCUAAAACCCUAGCCUCUCGUUAUGGGCUCGAGCCGUACCUGAUUUCCAAAAUUACCAACAUGGUCACUCGCCUCUUGGCUACAAAGCUCUACCCUGAGUUCAUAAAGAUUCCAGUGAGUCGCCGCCGGCUGGUGGAAACCACCCAGGGUUUCCAAGAACUCACCUUUCUGCCCAAUAUAUGUGGAGCCAUUGAUGGAACCCCGGUGAGACUUCAUCAUCUCCCCUCAGACACCAUCAACUCCUCAAUGUACUUCUGUCGGCAUGGAUUCCCCUCAAUUUUGCUUCAGGUUGUGGCGGAUCACAAGAAAGUUUUUUGGGAUGUUUGUGUGAAAGCUCCUGGAGGGUUUGACGAUGCCACCCAUUUCAGGGAUAGCUUGUUGUACAAUAGAUUAAUCUCAGGUGACAUUGUUUGGGACAAGGCAAUGAAUGUGAGUGGGUUGAAUUUGAGACCCUAUAUAAUUGGGGAUUGGGGUUUCCCAUUGUUGUCAUUCUUGCUCACUCCCUUUUCUGGGAAUGGGUCUGGAAGUUCUGCACAGAAUGUGUUUGAUGAAAUGCUGGUGAAGGGAAGGAAGACGGUAGAGGAAGCUAUUGGGUUGUUGAAGGGGAGGUGGAAGAUUCUGCAGGACUUGAAUGUUGGCCUAACACAUGCGCCUCAAACGAUUGUUGCCUGUUGUGUCCUGCAUAACUUGUGCCAGAUUGCAAGGGAACCUGAACCGGAGCUGUGGAAGGAACCGGAGGAGAAUGGAACUUCACAACAAAGGAUUUUGGAGAAUGAGAAGAGUUUCCAUUAUUAUGGUGAAAGUAUGAGGCAGGCAUUGGCUGAUGACUUGUAUCAACACCUCUCUUCUUCCAGAUAAAUUUAAUGCGUUGGUGUAAGCGUGCUAUAGGUUUUUUUUAACUUAUUUCCCAUUUUAAAAGCUCCCAUGUGUUGUAUUAGAUUAUUUACUGUAGUUGUUUGUGCAACUGAAAUAUUUUUAAGAGAAGUUUAAUAACAUUAGAUGGUUUCCCGAGUGGGGGGAAAUCCUUUGCUUCUUUUCAGACCAUUUGCCUUGUACUUCUGUAUCAAAUACUCAAUAGUGAAUCCUUGUGGUUUAGAGGGAGCCUGGUUUC